GGGGGCAUUGUUGCAUCCCUGCAGUCACGACGAAGCUCGCCGCAGCAGAUGGCGGCGGCUCGUGACAAGUCGCUGCCACCCGUUCCGCGGGCGCAUAGCAUGGGGAGGAAUCAGCGGCGCCACACCAGCAGCCUGAUUAGCUCGGGGCUCUACGCCAUCGACGAGAUAUCCUGGCCGAUGCCUCCCGGAAUGAGUCUGCCGCCGCUGUCGCCGUCGGCGCCGGAGGAGACGCCGACCUACUUGGUGGACAAGAUGUCGAGGCUCCACGUGUUCACGUAUGUUGCGACGAUCUGCAUGGCGCUACUCUGCACCCAAAUCGGAAUCGGCCAGACCCUGGCCACUCUGCGUGAAAUAGGGGCUAGCUUCGACAUCACCAACACAAGCGAUCUGACCUGGAACUUAGCUGGGUACACACUGGCAAUCGGCACCUUCAUCCUCCUAGCAGGCAGACUGGGCGACGCGUACGGCUACAAGCGCGUAUUCCUCAUAGGCUUCGUCUGGUCUGCAGUCUGGUCUGCCAUAUCCGGGAUCUCGGUCUACUCAACCCAUUCCCUGUUCACCGUCUCCCGGGUGCUCCACGGCGUCGGCGCCGCGCUUUCUCUGCCCAACGGCUUUGCCCUUCUCGGCUCGACGCAUCCUCCGGGGCCGCAAAAGGCACUGGCGUUCACCUUGGUCGCAGCCAUGGCGCCCAUCGGCCUCGUCGUCGGCGCGCUGAGCGCAGGUCUCCUCGCGCUGGCAUGGUGGCCGCUGGCCUACUGGGCCUUCGCGCUGAUGCUGCUCAUCAUCGCCGGCGCGGGAUACUUCGCGAUCCCCCAAGUCAUCCAGAAGAACGCGAUGCCCGCUACCAUGCGCGACGCAGUGCUGGAACUCGACAUCCCCGGGGCUGUCGCCGGGAUAUCCAGCUGGGAGCUGAUAUGCUUUGCCUGGAACAAGACGUCCCAGGUGGGGUGGAAGGAGCCGUAUAUAUGGCUCGCGCUCAUUUCCGGUGCGCUGUUCGCGACGCUGUUCGUGCUGGUCGAGAGAUACCACGCGCCGAAGCCGCUGGUGCCGUUCCAUGCGCUCUCGUCGGACACGUACUUAGCCCUGCUUGUAGGUGCGUGUGGGUGGUCGUGCUUCGGGAUCUGGAUCGCUUAUACCUGGCAGUUUGCCGAAAACAUCCGCCACGCCUCUCCCCUUUUGACUACAGCAUAUGUCACCCCAUGUAUUGUGAUUGGCGUUUUAGCCACGGGGUCAUCUGGCUUCCUCCUCCAGCACCUACGGCCCUCCAUCGUCAUGCUGCUAUCUCUCCUAGCAUUUACUUUAGGAUCCGUGCUCAUCGCCACAAUGCCCCGUGUGCAAACGUACUGGGCUCAGCUAUUCCUCUCCGUGCUCGUCAUGUCCUGGGCCGUCGACACAAGUUUCCCCGCCAUAACCCUAGCGCUAUCGCAUUCCAUCGAACGGCAGCACCAGGGCAUCGCAGCUAGCCUGGCUAGCACUGUAUUCUACUAUAGCUUUUCACUCGGGCUGGGGGUUGCUCGUACCGUGGAAUCCUACGUGAAUAGAGGCGAUCAGUCUACGCGGGGCAAGUUGAGAGGGUAUAGAGCUGCGUUAUAUACUGCAGUUGGCCUGGCCGGAUUGGGCCUGCUCAUCUGCGUUGCGAUCCUAUUAAAAGCUCAGUUCCGAAGGCGAGCGGGAUGCAGGAACUGCAGAGGAAAUCAGGGGAAGCAGGAGAUCUAGGCCGGCCAUCUCAUCGAGUAAAUCAAUAUCACUAUAGGAUGGGUCGAUAUUUAUACUAUGCAUGAGUUCGGUUAUAAUAAAAGGGGCAGAGAAAAGCCUCUGCAUUUAUCUACUGGGCCGUUGUUGUCUGAAUAGGCGAGACCUUUAUUGGACUCGUAGAGCCAUACAGGGCCCGGGACUGACCGGCUUUGGUUUCUAUGCCCCUGUGUAGCUAGACAUAGGCAUUUACUGUAGCACCGAACUCUUAAAUACCUACAUGGGUAAAUGGCUACUACACCCUCGAAAGGAUAGACCCAGCCAUAUAAAUGUUGGGAAAUCACCUGGGGGGACAAAGUUUGUGAAGUCUUUGUUGCGUUUUGGUAACGCCGGCACCCUGUGUCGAUCCCUUAGGGGAGGAAUUUAACAAUAUAUUGAGAUUGAAUUGCACACUACGAAUAGGAGG